UAAGCGCAGCCUUAAAAUGUCGGCUGGCUGAAAUACGUUAACUGUUAUCAUGAUAAAAUUGAUUUUUCUUGGUUAAGUUUACGCGCAAUUAACACAAGAACGGCCGGCGUACAGUGCAGACAGUACAGGGCUACUAGGUAAAGUCCUUUUGUUUUUGGGGAUCGCGUACCACGCGGUGGAAACCGGGCGAGAAAGCCUUAUGUCAAGCCAGUUGGGGAUAGGGAGGGCCGACGACGUGCCAACAUGAAGAAGCUCUUCUCGAAGAUCGACAACACUUCCAAGGAACCGAAUAGCUAUGUGGGCAAGGUCUUCGUCGUGGGUCGGCAUACAGUUACCGUCGAGGAAGUUCUUGCUGAAGGAGGAUUUGCUGUGGUGUUCCUUGUCAAGUCAUCGAGUGGUCGAUAUGCACUUAAACGCAUGUAUGUCAACAACGAACAUGAUCUUAAUGUUUGUAAGAGAGAGAUACAAAUUGCUAGUAACUUGAGUGGUCAUAAGAACAUCAUAGGAUAUGUGGAUAGCAGCAUCAGCCACACAGGCAAUGGAGUUCAUGAACUUUUACUCCUGAUGCCAUAUUGCAAGUCUCAAGUUCUUCAAAUGAUGAACAACAGGCUUCAAACUGGCUUCAGUGAGUCGGAAGUUCUUCACAUUUUUUGUGAUGUUUGCGAGGCUGUGUCACGACUACAUCAUUGUCAAACUCCAAUAAUACACAGGGACCUGAAGGUCGAGAAUAUACUGUUAGCUGAUUCAGGUCACUAUGUCUUAUGCGAUUUUGGAUCAGCAACUGGUAAAGUCCUUAAUCCAAGCGUUCAGGGUGCAUCAAUAGUCGAAGAAGAAAUUAAAAAAUAUACUACACUAAGCUAUAGAGCACCAGAGAUGGUUGACAUGUAUUGCGGUAAACCAAUCACAACCAAGGCCGAUAUAUGGGCACUGGGCUGUUUGCUAUAUAAGCUCUGCUUCUUCACCCUUCCAUUUGGCGAGAGUACUCUCGCCAUCCAAUCAGGAAAUUUUGUUAUACCUGAUAAUUCGAGAUACAGCAAAUCUUUGCAUUGCUUGAUUAGAUACAUGCUCGAGCCAGACCCGGAUGUUCGACCUGACAUCUAUCAAGUUUCGGUGAUAGCUUUCCAGAUACAAGGGAAGGAUUGUCCUGUGCAGAAUCUUCAUAAAGUUCCGACCCCCACUCUUGAUUCCCUUCCAUGUCCUUGCAUCGAGUCGGAUAGUAUGAAGCGAUCAUCGUCGGUAAAAGUAGCAAAACCUACUCCAAUAACAGCAGUAGAAGGUACCUCUGUAGCCCCCAGACAGAGGCCAAAAGGCCAGGCCGUUGGCACAGGGCCAAUAAGCAUAGGCGGUCAGAUCGUAGGUCAAAUAUCUGGCCAGGGCAAUCAACUGCAGUCCCAAAACUCUAUAGGAAAUUCGGUUUCCUAUGUUCAAGUUAACCAACAAAUUACUCCCGUAAACACACCACAGUCUUAUUUAGUUCAGAAUAUACAGAACAUCCAGACAAUUCCUGUAAACCCGCAGCAGCCGUCGUUACAGCUCUCGACUCAAUCAUCCUUUGCCCAAGUUACACCUCACAUUUCCUCCCCAAAUCAAGCUGCUCCAUUUGGACAAGGCCAAACUCAGCAAUCGCCGUUUGGGCAAUCCCAGAGUCCUAUGAUAAGUCAUUCUCCUUUGACUCAUCAAUCUCCUGUAACCGUACAGGAUAAGAAUCCUUACUACUUCGAUUCACGACACGAACCGAGAACUUCAACUUCGACUGUCAAUGAGGAUAACUUGGACGCCCUGUUCCCAGCUUCCGGGUAUCCUGAUCCCUUCAAAGAUGAUGCACGGUCUAUGCCACCUCCAGCGAAAAUUCCUCCUCCGGUGGCUCCUAAACCAGGUUCUGCGAAGAUUCUUCAAAAAUUAACUACACCAACCAAUAUAGCACCGCCACCAAAGUUGACGACUCCCACCCAGCUAGCACCUAAGCUAAAUACACCAACGGGGACAUGUAAGUUGACACCGAGUAUGACUCCGGUUCUACCGAAACCGGUUAACAAGAUGGAGAGCCUUAGCCAAAGUAUCAGCUCAAGCGCUUCGCCACCAGAGAGUCCCACGUUGUCAUCCUCACGACAUAGAAGAAACGUCAGCGAUACUAGUGCUUUCAACAACGGCCAUUUCGAUGUUCACAGAGUAUUUGCAAACGAGACCUCUCAGUUCCUAGCACCUUACGAGGCCUCGGUUAAACCUCGCUCGGGAGGUACAACACCUCCCGAAGUCCCGGCCGAUAUUAGGCCUUCUAUAGGAGCUAGUGCCUCGCAUGUACGUGUUGGCGAACUCUCAAGCGUAGCAAGUGUCGAGGGAAGAUCAUUGAGCGCGGAUGUAGCAGCUUGGAAUCCAUUCGAGGACACGCAACCGUUUAGUCAGCUUACGGAGGAUCAUAUUUUUGGCGCAGAAUUUGACAAGAUCAGAAGAGGAAGUAACAGCAGCAUAAGUGGAGUUAAAAGUCGAGAAAGUCUUGUGAUGACUUAUUCCGACUUACCCGAAGAUCCCUUUGAAUCUGCACCCUUCAGCUUACCUACAGGCAAGAAGAAUAAACUAGGAUCAAAGGCUGCUGCUAUUGCUGGAGGUAAAUCUGUCGAAGGGAGAGCUAAGUUACCAGUUACCAAGUGGAGUCCUGAGGGAGAGCCUGCUGCUGUAGACGACGAGGCAUCUUUAUUAGCUGAAUCUAGUCCUGUGUCACCGCCUUUUGUCAGGGCACCUGUGGAGGAUCGUUCCAAGUAUGAAAAGCUAGCAUUCAAUGCUGACGAAGUGUCCAGUGACAGCGACAAGGAGAUUCCGCAGAGAACUGAAGAGAGAAUCAAGAAGAAGAGAAGAAGAGUCAAGGGUGUCUUGAAUAGGAGGAAGAAGGAGGCUGCUCAGGAUCCAGGAAAUGCACCUGUCGAAUACGAGUCAGAUGACUCCAUAGGAUCAGCCAGUGAUUUGAAGGCCAUGAAUGACGAAGAUUGCAAUCUGGAUAAUGAUGAGGACGAAAGAGAGAAAAUAGAUGAGACCAUCUCCGAGAGCGUUAGAACCUGUGGAAGCUCGGCGUAUCAUGCUGAGUGUGAAUCCGUUGCUACUCACGAGGAGGAUCAUCGAAUCAGGAAACCUAGGAAACAUCACAGGAAUCAGCCGUUACCCACUAUAGAUGCUGAUCCAGUAGUUGGACAUCAGUACGGCGAGAAACCUCUUCUGCUGGACGACGAACUGGAUCCAGAAUCUAAACCGGAACAGUCGCAUGGAGAUCCAUUCGUUGGACAUCAGUACGGCUCGAAACCAUUACUAUUUAAUAACGGCAGCUCCUCUGAUGAAAUAGAAAAUACUAAGACGCUUAACAAUGGUUUAUGGAAAGUCGAGGAAGACGUAUUUGCCUUGGCACCGUUCCCUAGGCCGACCAGUUCCAGAAAGAGCAGCAGUAGUCGUGACAACGGACCAAAACCAGUGGGUCAGUCGAGCAUCACAAACUCACCUCAUAAUUCUAACUUAGUCACUCCGAUAUCCAGCUCGCCCAUAGUAUCCGGAUCUCUGGUCGACCUAGAUAAUCAAACCAAAUUCCGGUACUUAGCACCAUCAAGACCACUCCAAACUAUAACAGACAGUUCUACAAGUAAUUAUGAAAAUGUGGACUUCUCUGUUCCUCCGCUUCGUCGAGCUUCAAAUGAUACUGCUGCACAACCGACCCCGGAUGAUUCAGAGAAGAAUGACAAGGACCUCUUUGGCUCUUCACCCUUCAGUUCCACUGGCUUCACAAAUCCUUUCAAUAGUAUGACAAGCUAUCCUACUACUAAUGAACAAACUCCCCAAUCUGUACCAACGCCCACGACUCAACCACCUUUGUAUGCAGAUUAUACAAACAUUACACCACAACCCUAUCAUCCCCCAAGUGAUUUCCACGCAACGCAACCAACUGUGGCUUCGAAUUCAAAGUUCGGUGUAGUCACUGUCAACUCCAGUAACCUCAACGCAGAAUCGCCAAAGGAUCUUUUCGGUUCGAUACCCUUUGAAGAGUUUGCCUCCCUGACGAUGACAAGCCAACAACGACCAACAUCAUUACCACUCUCUCAGUCACCAACUUUUGUAGAUCACGCCCUGAGCACCAUACUCUCAACCAGUGCACAGUCUUCGUACUCUGGCCAGGCCCCAUCGAUUAUACAACCAACCUACACGGUUCAGCCUGUACGUCAUACAGCAAGGAUUAUUGUUCACUCUAUGAACAAUGUAUCAGGACCAGAAAUCUCACCGGAUAUUAUAUCACCAAUGUCACCAGAGCCUCUAGUCACGGACGAUUCACCUAAACACAAAAAGGACAAGUUGAAAUCCGACAAGUCCAAGUACCACCUUAUAAAUGAAAAUCGUGGAGACGCUAUAAACGUUUUGCCUGUGAAGAUAUCCCACAAGUCGAAGAGUUCAACAUCCAAAAAGACACCGAAAGGGAAAAAGAGUGCUGCAGCCGUAGCUGGGUUCAGUAAUAUGAGCUUCGAAGACUUCCCCAGUGAUGAAAAUGAGGAAAGACAACCCGGUCCAAGAGUGGCACCUUUUGAAGUGAUACGAGAAACUGAGAAGCGUUUUGGAUCCUUGAAGAGGAGGAGCAAUCCGUUCACCUGAGAACGACAGAAUAACGGAAACAGCUAGUACGAGGCUUUUUAGUAUAGGACUCACUGUGAAUUAUUCGAGUCUUGUUUUAUGUGAAAGAGGGGUCGUAUUGGGAAGAGUACUUGGUUUAAAAUGUAUUGGCUAUAUCUUGCAGCUCCUACGCGUAUCCAGAAAGCUUUUAAUUUCAACUGACUGAGAAUAACUGUUAUAUUUUCCAUUUUCCUCAUAAUUCUUCUUGCUAUUCCAAAUUAGAAACCAAGUGCACUUCGUGAUCGUUUCGAGACCUCAUUCGCGUCAGGUGCAUCUAUUGCGCAUUUCGAAAACAGUAGUCCAAGAGCAAACUAACUUUUCUUCACGUGAAAUACGCUUUGUAAUGUAGAAAAUCUGAACACUCGGAAUCGCGAAUUGUCAGCGUUUCUUGGAGCGUCCGCGAAGUUAUUGUUGCAUAAGUGAUAGCAAAAAAAAUAUAGAAAUGAGAUAAGAUUCAACAUUCGUACGAAAAAAAAAAAAAAAAUGACAAUGGUGCAUUAAACAAUACUCUUUUACGAGCGUGAGAUAUUAACAAAAAAGAAGAGUAUUCAAUUAUACACAAUAACUAUCUUAGAGCCGUGUCUCGCAUUAGGCUAGGACGUUUGUACUGUUGCGUAACUAGAAGUAACAAAAAAAGAAGCAACAAUAGCAUCAACCAAUAUAAACUAGCGCAGAAACGUAGCAACGAGAAAAAUUUUAUGAGAUCUCGGUAUUUUCUUUAUUUCUUUUUUUCCUCAAAGAAACAACGGGUUGUUGAACUUGGCAGCUUGAUACCAAAAAAAAGGGAAAAAAACAGAAAAAAAAAAGAAACAGAAAAUAAAACGAAAAGGAAUAAUACCAGAGGAAACUUAAGGAGAACAAACAGAGCACACGCAUCUAUUUUUGCUGCUACGCGUUUUCACUACAUUUGUACACUUUGAGAUUCCUAGAUUUCUACUAGCGUUAUAAAAAAAAAAGUAUAUGAAUCCACUACAAGACUAUUACCGAAUAGCGAAAUAUACCAAUUUACAAUGACACCGUACAAGUAACUCGCGAAUAUUAGAAUUUCGCGAACGUGGAAUUCGCGUGUGCGUUUUUAGGUAUAUAUACUGUAUAUAUCGUUGCGACCUACGAGAUAAGCAUCUCCGAAAUGUUAGUGUAUCAUAUUUUUUUUUUCUCGGCAGCAGCAUUUGGUUGUGUAUCGGAAAGAAGUACAGAACAAAGAUGAAGUACGUAUAGUCUUAGAAUUCAUAAAGGCGCAGUAUGUAGCAUUGACUUUAUUCUUCUGUCAGACGUCAUCGUAUGGUUUAUUUACUGACUAUCUUUGGCACUUUAAAGAAAAAUGGAAAAAAAAAAAUAAAAAAUUCCAUAUUAGGCAAAUAAUGAAAAAAUUUUUUGGAACUAUUAUUAAUUCUCUGCUCUAAAAAUUGCCUUAUCACAUAAGACUGAACAACCAACAGUCACUGUUGAUGUUUAGAAAAUUUUUUAAAUUUCUUAUCCCAACAAAAAUCCAUUAUUUACGUACGAUUACAAUUCCGCCAUACGAUUGAUUAAUAUGACGAUACGAGAGGAUUCAGACAAAGCACCCUGACCUUUGACCCAGCGACACUAUAUAAUACUGAGACAUCGAGGCGUUAAAAUUAUAUCCGAUUACAUGAAUUUAUUAUAUUUGGCUUUUAUAUAUUACGUACGGAUCGAGUAAAUCACAGCUGGUGAUCUUCAUCUUUAAUAAGUUAACUUGGCGAUAAGUUAUUGGAAGAGGUUGUAUGUAAUUCGGCAUUCGGAAAAGCAAAAGGCAGAAAGAUGAGACAAUAUUAUAAACAAGCGUACGGUUAAACAAAAUAUAAAUAUAUAUAUUAUAUAAAUAUUAUAUACAUAAAAGCUAAUAUGUAUGUAUAUAUUUAUAUAUAGUAACUGUAGAUAAACUAGUACGUAUAUGAUUAGGUGCCUUCCUUUAUUAAAAACAAAAAAAAUUGUCUCCGGGCUUGUAUUAUGUGUUGUGUCGUAGAGAUAAACUAUAGUAAUGCUACUGUCAGACAAAACAAGUCAAUUGUACCUAUAUACAAGUGUGCACGUAUAAAACGUACAAGUUUACAAUGAAUCAUCAAAAAUGAGAAAGCUUCUUCAGUUUCAGUUCCUACAGACGCGAUUCAAGGGAACUCUUGUUAAUUCCUUUGAUUAAUUAUUUAAACCGUAUGGCAGAACAUUGAAAGGCUUUUGCAAAUUGUGGGUAAAACUCAAAAUACUUGCUGAUGUAUUACUAUAAAUUUAGAAAGAGUGUAA